UCUCCACAAAGUCCCUUUCUUAACAUUCACACUCUCUCACUAAAACACUCUGCAUACUCAUUUAGAUUCAGCCGUUGUCAAGAUCCAGAGAGUGAAGGAGCUUCGAUUCAAAGGAGAAGCUCUACUGGGGGAUCCUUCUUUUUCAGUGUGCUUUGGGUUGAACCAUCAUCAUGGGAUCCAAGCAUAACCCACCAGGCAAUAGAUCGCGUCAUCCACUAUCUAUAUUUGCUGUGAUUGGUUUGUGCUGUUUCUUUUACCUCCUGGGAGCAUGGCAGAAGAGUGGUUUUGGCAAAGGAGAUAGCAUAGCUUUAGAAGUAACCAAACAGACUGACUGCAACAUCUUCACUGAUUUAAAUUUUGAAUCUCAUCACAAUGAUGUGGAGAUUGUUGAACCUGCUAAGCCAAAAGCUAAGGUCUUUAAGCCAUGUGGCGUAAAAUAUACUGAUUAUACCCCUUGCCAGGAGCAAGAUCGAGCCAUGAAGUUCCCGAGGGAAAAUAUGAUUUACAGGGAAAGACAUUGUCCUCCUGAACAGGAAAAAUUGCAUUGUCUUAUUCCAGCACCAAAAGGAUAUGCAUCCCCAUUUCCAUGGCCAAAGAGUCGUGAUUAUGUCCACUAUGCUAAUGUUCCUUACAAAAGCCUGACAGUUGAGAAGGCUGUUCAGAACUGGGUGCAGUAUCAGGGAAAUGUGUUCAAAUUUCCAGGUGGAGGAACAAUGUUCCCUCAAGGUGCCGAUGCAUAUAUUGAUGAGCUUGCAACAGUUAUCCCCAUUAAAGAUGGCUCUAUCAGAACUGCACUCGAUACUGGUUGUGGAGUUGCAAGCUGGGGUGCGUACUUGCUGAAAAGAAAUGUACUGACUAUGUCUUUUGCACCACGGGAUAAUCAUGAAGCACAGGUACAGUUUGCAUUGGAACGAGGAGUACCUGCUGUUAUUGGUGUUCUUGGAACAAUACACCUCCCUUAUCCAUCAAGGGCCUUUGAUAUGGCUCAGUGUUCUCGGUGCCUAAUACCAUGGACUUCAAAUGAUGGAAUGUACUUAGUGGAAGUUGAUAGAGUCCUGAGGCCAGGUGGAUACUGGAUUUUGUCUGGCCCUCCAAUUAAUUGGAAAACCUACUACCAGAUUUGGAAACGUUCCAAGGAGGAUCUCCAGGCUGAGCAAAGAAAAAUUGAGGAGCUGGCUAAACAACUUUGCUGGGAGAAAAAAUAUGAGAAGGGAGAUAUUGCUAUAUGGAGAAAAAGAGUGAAUGACAAAUCCUGUAAGAGGAAGUCUGCCAAUAUUUGUAAAUUGAGGGAGCCUGAUGAUGUUUGGUACAAGGAAAUGGAUACAUGCAUAACCCCCUACCCUGAGGUAAAUAAUGCAAAUGAAGUAGCAGGAGGAGAGUUGAAGAAGUUCCCUGCUAGGCUUUUUGCAGUCCCUCCUCGGGUAGCUAAGGGACUCGUUGAUGGGGUUUCUAUUAAAUCUUAUGAAGAGGACAAUAAACUUUGGAAAAAGCAUGUAAAUGUGUAUAAAAAGAUUAAUUCACUGAUUGGCACAACAAGAUACAGGAAUGUUAUGGACAUGAAUGCGGGUCUUGGAGGAUUUGCAGGAGCACUUGAAUCACCUAAAUCUUGGGUUAUGAAUGUUGUGCCCACAAUUGCCGAGAACACUCUGGGUGUUAUUUAUGAGAGAGGUCUAAUCGGCAUAUAUCAUGACUGGUGUGAAGGUUUCUCUACCUACCCAAGAUCAUAUGACCUUAUUCAUGCCAGUGGUGUCUUCAGCUUGUACCAGGACAAGUGUAAAUUUGAAGACAUCCUACUCGAAAUGGAUCGUAUUUUACGGCCUGAAGGGACUGUUAUCUUCCGGGAUGAUGUUGAUGUUCUAAAUGAGGUUAGGAAAAUCACUGGAGGCAUGAGAUGGGAUACCAAGAUGGUAGAUCAUGAGGAUGGCCCCCUUGUGCCACAGAAGAUACUGGUUGCUGUUAAACAAUAUUGGGUUGGUGGUGGAGGAAAUAGCACCUCUACUGAUGAAUAAACCGUGUCAGCAUCUUAGUUUUGAGGUAAAAACCAAAGCAAAGCUUAUGAUGCCAAUAGAUGACUAAAGUUUUUCCGAGGCUAAGGGACUGAAGAGUUCUGAUCCUUGGAAAUGUCAUCAGUAAGUGAAUGCAUUCUGUUAAAGAUUAAAUACAGAAUGUGAUGUGUUAUCUUAGCAAGUAUUCUUGGAUAUGAUUUGGAUGGGAAAAUUACAUUUGUUAUUUUGGUAGCUGCUUCAAUAAUUAGGUCAAGUUCCAGGAAUGUUAUAGUGAUGACAAUAAAAAGUGACAUGUAACCAUCAUUAUACAUCCCAUAAUGCAAAUGUUGAUUCAUUGCUUU